UACCUAUAUAUAUAUAACAAAGAUAUCACGAUGAUACUCAGCAAAACAAUUCACACUUUUAAAGUCCUGCGCAUUUCUAUUGUUAAAUUCUUCAGUCAGUCUGCGUAUUGUGUUUCUUCUUUCUAUUUUUCCUCCGAAGUUCUCUUACAUUUAUUCUUUGUCGAUUUCCAUUGUUUCUUCUCGACACGAUAUUACAGGUAAUACGACUAUUAUAGAUACGAGCAUAUAUUCGAAGAAAGAUCUACAUUUUUAAAGAAAAUUUGCUACCUCGCUCGACAGCGAAGGGUAGCCUGUUGAUCGCUCGUUGCCCCCGAAGUUACAAUCUUUGAACAGCCAGUGCUUGAGCCGUUCAAGGUGUAAUUACGAUUGAUUGAUGGUUGCACUUUCGUCGUCCCCUCUGCGAUCGGUCAGUUCUCUUAUCGUCAUCACGCGACGUACAAUAGAUCAAUCGACGUACAAGUUUCACGCAUAAUAUGUAUAUACCGUUUGCUCAUAUCGGGAGAUUUAAAAAAGCAAGUCAUUGCAGAAGUUAUUAUAAUCUCGCGAGAUGACUAUAAUAACACGCAUAACAAUCGUGAUUUUUUUGACUGAAUCGCUAAACGCGGUUAAAAGGGGUAAUUCGAGAAAGUACAUCCAUGUCUUUUUUUGACCUAACAAUAUCGCGCGACAAAAUGUUUCAUUAUUCUUAUAUUAUAUCAUAAAAUUAAUUAAUUAUUAUAAAUAAAGCAGAAACAGAAUAUCAUUACAAUUUCUUCUCACAGGCCUGUUUUUUAUUUUUUUUUUUUUAUGUUUUGGCGACAAAGGCACUUACUCGCCGUAAAAUAUUCAUCUUUUCUACAACGUUUGUAUAAGUUCUUUCAUAUUUCAAAUCUGACAUUUAUUCAACCUAUAAGAAUUCCUCCUCGUAACAGCUCGUAAAUGUAAAAGGUGUCGUAAAGACGUUCGUAUAAAGUGUUUUCCGGACUUUCCGUUUAGACACUUUUUAUAUUUUCGCGUGUUGUUUACAUUGCGCAUGUGUCUCUCGCACUAUAGCAGAUACUUUUGUUAUAUUUUGCGUAGAGUAUUUCACGAGAUUUUAGAUGGACGAUUGAAGAGAGUACAUCACUACUGCUAGUUCACGUAUAUAUCUGAUAAUAAAUUUAACGUUAAUCUCUAGACGCUGCCGGUGCUUUAACAUUUUAAUGUUCAUCAGCACCUUGACUUGUCUUCUACGUUCUCGGAGGUCUCAUUCGACGCUCCGCGAAGGGGUAAAGAUGAUCCACCUGGGACCAAAUUCGAUCUUCCCUCAAAAUGGAAUUACUGUUCGAGUGUAAAUCGAUCGCAAGACGCCGCCGCGCCGUCUACGAGUCCGUUUGGUACAAUAUGAUGCCCAGCCAGUGUCGAACUCUUCUGCUCGUAAUUGUGAGGUCGCAAAAGAGAUUGACGAUCGCCGCCGGAAGAGUGAUGGAUCUUUCUCUGAAGGGAUUCACCGGCGUAAGAUCCAUUCUCAUACAUACAAAAUAUUGCUCAUGGAUAUUAAACGCGUCUCGAAUGAAUAUCAAAAUGACUGUGCACACAAUUUAUAAAGUAAACGGCCUUCGGCGCUAUGCACAUAUCCGAUAUAAUACUUACAAUGAAAAGUGUCUUUCCGUAUACAAGUCAUAA